AUGGCAUCGCCGAUUCUCCUCAAUGCUUGGUUCAGCAACGAAGCUACUGGUCUUCCAUUUACAAGUUUAUUCUUAAAUUAUCGAAAGUCCAAGAGUAAAAUGAUUAGACUUACAAAUGCAAUUGAUAAUUUAAUUCAAUUCAGAAUUCUUCAAAAAGGAAUUGGUCGUGAUCGACAUAUUGUAACAGCCCGCAAAGAAACAUAUAUGAAAGCACCACCAGCCACUAUUCGUUCUAAUGCAAACAUGCUUGUUUAUCUGCAAUCAAUUGGUAUCGAUCUUGAGGAAUAUGUGCAUUUUUAUCUGUCGUCGCCAUUACCGGCGGACAUGAAAUUGACCGAAUUUGCUGUUAACAUGAUUUUAUCUAAUGAUGAUUAUAUUGAAAUUUGUCACUUGUUUAAUGAUGUUCGUCGAAAACAAUAUUAUAUACCUUCAUCUUCUCAAAUUGUUGAUCAAGGUACAGUUUCUCUUUUUUUUCCAAAAAGUGAACUUUUUGUUUAUUAUUUUCGAUUUACAGAAAAUAUAAACAGUCAAUAUGGUCAAGAGUCUGAUUUUAAUGACAUUAACAACAACAACAUUUCACUUUCAACGCCUGUUCCUUCAUUACUUCGUUCAACGGACAAUUUAUCAAUAUUACUUAUGCCAUCCCAUCUUCAAUAUCCAUCUUUAUUUUCUGAAGUUCGUGAUCAACCAGAAUAUAAUAAAACUAUUAAUCAAGAAACAUCCGAAACUGAACCAGAAAAUCUACAACAGAAUCAUCAUUCACUAAUUGACGAUGCUUCGAACCUGCUCACUAAUACGAUUGAUAGCGAUCCAUUAACUAUUCAUGGACAGAGUCUCGUACCCGUCAUGAGCGAAGCUGGUUCUGGCGAAUCAGUUUUCAACCAAUUCAAUACGUAUGAACAAACAAAUUACGAAAAAGGGCAAACUCAGUCAGAAUUGCAAAGCAUCGAAUUACGGUCAAACGAUGAUAACAAUUUUCUACAAACAGAAACAACAUCAUAUGAUAUGUCAAAAUUUUUAGAGAAAAUAAAUUCUCAACAAACAAUAGAACUGAUUUCUGAACUGAUUCGGAACAAAAACCAUUUAAUAAAACGAGUAUUGGAAGAACAAGAUAAUGAUUCUACAGCAAAACAACCGAGAAAUAAUGAACGUGAACAAAUAACAUUACCAACUUUCGAAUUGGAUCAUAACUUGACUGAAUCAGUUUCUCCUACUCCGAUCUGGACUCAUUCGACUGUUAGCAUCGGUAGGUUUCAUUUGAUUGACUUGGUACAAAAAAUCUCAAAAGUGAAUAACCAUACAUAA